UUCGACGCUCGAACUCACUGGCCUAACUGCAGUUCGCUCACACAUAUCCGAGACCAAGCCAACUGCGGAUCGUGCUGGGCUGUUUCGACGGCGUCCGCCCUUUCAGAUCGUAUUUGUAUUGCAAGCAAUGGAGAAAUGCAGAUGCAUAUCUCGUCGAUCGACUUCGUGUCAUGCUGUAAUUCGUGCGGUUUUGGAUGUGACGGUGGAUGGCCAAUUGCAGCCUUCGACUUUUACACAUAUGAAGGUGCCGUUACCGGAGGAGACUACGGUGCCAAGGACGGUUGCCGCCCUUACCCGUUCCAUCCAUGUGGACAUCAUGGGAACGAUACGUAUUACGGAGAAUGUUCGAAAGUAGCAAAAACUCCAAAAUGUAGGAGGAGAUGUCAAAGGAAUUACAAGCAAGCAUACUAUAUGGACAAGUCUUACGGCGAGGACGCUUACGAGGUACCGCAUUCGGUCAAAGCUAUCCAGAGAGAAAUCAUGAAGAAUGGACCUGUUGUCAGCGCAUUCACUGUUUACGAGGACUUCUCAUACUAUAAGAAAGGAAUCUACAAGCAUCCUCCCGGAAGAAUUGGGAGCUUACAAAUCACCACAACUUUUCUAAUGAGUAACCACAUCGGUAGCCGAGGGAGAGAUAUCCUCUUAUUCUCUAUUAUGCUUCUUUAUAAGAAGACCAAAUUCAAACAACAUUCGCUUGCAGCACACAGCAGGACAGGCUCGAGGUGGUCAUGCUAUAAAGAUAAUCGGAUGGCGGUUACCACAGAGCUGGCGCCCUUUACAGCACUAUGGGGGUUUUGA